GCUUAUGAAUUUAACGGAUGCUUGGCUUUUGUUAGGGUAGAAAAAUAUUCAAGUGGGAAGUUCAAACGAGUAUAUGGAUAUAUGAAACAUUCAGAGGCUUGUCACCGGGCAUAUCCGUUAAAGAGUAAUCCGGAAUUGAAAGUUCACGAUGAUGUCAGAUAUAUUACCGAACUAUUGGUCAGAGCAAAUACAUCCACAAAGGAUAUCUUGUUUAUCAAUAAACAGUUAAUCAAGAAUCAUCUUAAAGGCAGGAUUAACUUGGAAAGCACCCAUUUUUUGAUUACCUCUUUUGAUGUUAAAGACGCAAGGCUAUGGGUAAAAACUCGGAAUCCGUGGAACGUGAACGUUAAUAGAUCCAUAGAUCACAAUCUAGAACAGUUUUUUGGUGAGGGCGGCUUGGAUCCGGAAUUACGUGAUGCCGUGCUUUACUUCAAACCGCGAGAACAUCGUUAUAAUCAUACUUGUUUAGUGUUGGCAACUAAGGAACAAAGAUCACUGGCGAGACAAUACGGACAUCAGAAAUAUAUUAUAUUAAAUGGAACAUUUCCAACCGGUAACAAAAAGAUUCGGCUUUACAUUAUAAUGGUUGUUGAUGAAUUUAAAAAGGGAAUUCCCGUUGGUUAUCUUUUGUUCUCGAGACCGGGUGAUCCAGAAAUGAUUGGAACCAGUAAUCACGAGUACUCAAUACUGAAGAAACUCUUGGAAGAGUAUAAGACAAAGCUAAGUGAUGAUUCCGAAAAUCCCCAUGUGAUAUUCACUCCCAAGGUCGCAAUCGUAGAUUUAGAUGCCCGUGAACGAAUUGCCGUGAGCGAAGUUUGGAAUAGGAUCCAAAUACUCUUUUCAUCUUCUCAAGUGCAUUCAUGUUGGAGAACGAAGGCCUCUCAAUUGUUGGGAACCGGUGGCGAUGAAAAGGUAGUGAAAAUCCGCCAAGACUUAAUCAAAGAGUUGAAUGUCCUAUUUAAUGAGUUGCAACAGGCAUCUACAGCAAAUGAGAUUAAUGAAAAACUUGGUGUCAUGGAAACUUUGGCAUCUGAACAUUUUUCACAAGCAUACGAUCAAAAAUUUGAUUCGAAGAUUCUAGCGUUGUAUGAUGGACAGCGUGAGAUGAUUCGAUUCCUUCGGAAUUGUCGAAUCAGUGAGAACAUGGAAAUGUGGACUUCUUACGGCAGAAGUAAGGCUGCGGAAUCAAUGGGAGUUGACGUGAAUUCAAUACCCUGGUCAGUGGAGCAUUUGGAAGGAUUCAAGGCUCAAUUCAGCCCAUCCCGUAUGUUAAGAUUUCAGAAGAAGGGACACCUCUUACGAUUGGAUGUAUUAAGUUUCUUGCUCAUAAAGUUCAUUACUCCUGUGUGCAAUACACAACGUCGUCUAUGGAGUGAGAUUGAGAUGUUUAUGGCGAAUGAACAGUCUGCACUAAAUGCAGUAGUCAACAGUAAGAAACUGGGGGAAGGACAAUUGCGAGCAUUGCUGACACGAUAUAUCAACACAAUUGCAUUUGAAGAAAAUGAUCCGAGGAUACAGGAAAUUGCAAGAUAUUUUAUAAGUACUGAGAAAAUCACAUUCGUUGAGUACAAUGGUCAAUCUCUCUAUGUCACCGUGAAAUCAGAUGAGAGCAACGAGGGCAUGGAUUCUUACGUGGUCGGUCUAUUACCAACCAUCAAUUGUCAUUGUGUUCAUUAUUUAGUUAGAGGUGGUGCUUGUGCUCACAUUCUGGCAGCAAUCCAUGCAGUAAAUUGGUUGCGAGAUCAACCACCAGAUCGCAAACCCGAUUACCGGUCAUUUGUUGAACAAGAACAUCGAGCAAUUCCAUUUAUUCAGUUGCCUUUACGAAAAGUUGCACUCGAACAGUUAAAAUCUCAAAAAGAAAGGAAAGUGUUCUAUGUUGAACCCAAUAAUGAAAUGGACGAAGAAAGUGAUUCUGAUAGCGAGUAUGAAGAUUUUGAUCAUAUGGAUUCCCACGUUCCAACUUUUUUGGAAUUAGAUUCUUGGACACAUGAUGACAGCACAAGAAAUUCCGGAAACUUUGAGCCACCUCCAAUAAUUGUGCCCAGUGGAGAGGAGCCUUAUCAGACCAUAGGCCACCGAGAAGCAACAAAUGAAAUUCAAAAGUGGAGUCACGCAUUAUUGGUUGCAACCAAUAGGUUAUGGGCAAAUUUGAGCGACAUGCGAAAUAUAUAUAAUAAAUUGAAUCAACAUCGAACGCACACUCCCACGGGUGUGAGAUCUGACCUGAUAUCAGUAGACAAUGAAUUGAUCGCAAAGUUAAAAACCAUAUUAGACAACGAGGACAUUAGAAAUUUAACGGUCACUUUGAGCACCGUAAAGAGAAUUAUAGAUUUAAACCUACCGGAAGAGAGUGAAAUAGGUGAUAAUUCACAAAAUAACGAUGGGCACCUGAAAUUUCCUAGAAGUAUACAUGAUGUAAAAUUACUUCAUGAAGCUUUGGCAGGCCACGGCGGUGGAGGCUUUCAUGUUGUCAUAUGUUUUGUGACCGUUUUUAUUUAUCUUCAAUCAUUUGCCAUUCCAGGUAGCGUGAUGCUAAGCGUGUUGAGUGGAGCUUUGUGGGGAAGUUGGAAAGCUUUGUUUCUUGUCUGCUUGUGUUCUUCCACGGGGGCUACGAUUUGUAAUUUCUUAUCUUUCUACUUCGGAAGGGUCAUUUCAAGAAAAGUAACGCCAUUCUUGCCGAAUUGGUUUAUUAAUGUCGCUUCACCUCAUUUGAGCGUUGACGCUAGUGUAUUUUUUUGGGCCACUUUAAUUGGUGUAGGCCCACUCUCAUUUAUCCAUGUGAAAUCCGGAGAAACCAUUCACAUGCUAUCCGAAACCGACAACUUCACAUUCUUCACAUUUCAAAAUGUUCUAACGAUGGGACUGAUUGCAGUGGCAGCGUUGAUCCCCGUAAUUUUUAAAGAAGUAUUUGAGAAAAAGUUCAAGAACGACAACGUGAUUUACAAAGCAGGAUCCAAAAAUUGGAAUAAAGUGAAGUAG